AUGGCCCACGCCGAACAGCUCAACCAGGCGGAAAUCCUCCUGGGUUACUGCCUAGAAAGGGAUGAUGUGGAUGAGGUCCUCGACUAUAAAAAGGCAUAUGCGCUAGCAAACGAAGCGCUCAAGUCUGCCCAGGAUAGCAAGCGUCCAGACCUGGAGGCGCCCGCUCGGCUUGUCGUAGCUCAUGCGCGGCGUGCCCUCAAGGAAUGGGAGGGCGCCCGUGAGGGCUACUAUCGUGCCGCCGUUAUGGGAUGUCCGGAAGCUGAGAAGCUCAUGGCCGAGAUGGAAGUCUGGAAGCAGCUCGAGGAGAUCGAGGCGAAGCGCCAGGCAGUGGAGGCACGGAGUCGCGACGGCGAGGAGGCGGUGCCGCCGCCGCCGCCGCCGCCGUCGCCGUACCAGUACAAUCCUGGCCUGCGCAGGAAGAAGGGCAUGCAUGACAUUCGGAGCCCGCCAUCCGGCUCCUAG